GUCUGUAACGACUUCUGGACCCGUGGCUGCAGCGGCGCGCGGAGCGGCCUGGCGGGGCGAGGGCGCCCGAGCCCGGCCUCGUACAAAGGUGCUGCGCUGGCUGGGCGGCUAGGCCUCCCCACGCCGGCCGGCCGCCGUGCCCUCAAUGCGGGUGCGGGCUCCGCGAGGUAGACCCGAGACCGGGCCCAGGCCGUGGGCGUGGUAAGAGCCCGAGGAGCCCGCGCAUCCGCGCAGGUAGAUGCGGCUCCGCGACGAUGGACGCCCUGGAGGAGGAGAACUUGGCGCUGUCCUUCUCCUCUGCCUCUGAAGCAGAAUUUGAUGCUGUGGUGGGAUAUUUAGAGGACAUUAUCAUGGAUGAUGAGUUCCAGUUACUACAGAGGAAUUUCAUGGACAAGUACUACCAGGAGUUUGAAGACACAGAGGAGAAUAAACUCACCUACACACCCAUUUUUAAUGAAUAUAUUUCCCUAGUGGAAAAGUACAUCGAGGAGCAGCUGCUGGAGCGGAUCCCAGGGUUCAGCAUGGCAGCCUUCACGACAACGUUACAGCACCAUAAAGAUGAAGUGGCUGGUGACAUCUUCGACAUGCUGCUCACAUUUACAGAUUUUCUGGCUUUCAAAGAAAUGUUUCUGGACUACAGAGCAGAAAAGGAAGGCCGGGGACUGGAUUUAAGCAGUGGCUUAGUGGUGACAUCGUUAUGCAAAUCCUCAACUAUGCCAGCUUCCCAGAACAAUCUGCGGCACUAGGUAACAAAUGGAUCAUUCUGGAUGUCACUAGCAAAAUAGUCUCGGAGACUUUGGCUGAUGACAACAACAGAAGAGUACCUCUUGGAAAGACUUAACUGUUCUGCAGCCCUUCAUUCAUGAUAAGUAUUGAGGGGUCAGAAACAUGACCUGACCCUCCUAGCCCUGUUUUUCCUGAAACACCUUCCUGUAUUCAGUAACCCAGUGCUGCUGCCCUGUGGACACCUCCCUCGGGGGCUUCUGAGUCGGGCUCCAGCCCCAGCCUCUCCGCCAUGCACGCCGAUGUGGCUGUCAGCAGUGAGGAGCCCACUGUCACCAACCCUCUUCCCUGCAGGCUUUGCAUGAGUCCUUUGUGUAUUCAUCACUCUUUUUAUACAUAGGUGAGAGUUUCAGUCCUUCUGCUUCAAUGCGGUUCUUGUUAGGGGUAUCAAUGCAGGAGUCACUCACCUGAGCCAGCCACCCAGCCUGAGAUCUCAGGAUCUAUGACCCCUGUCCUGGCUGGAGGAAGCGACAGAGAUGUCCUUUACCUGAAGGCUCCAUUGAAAGUCCAUGCCCUGUCUCCCGUCUUCAGGCCUUGUAACACCAUCUUCUGCUGGUCCUGAUACAGCCUCCCUGUUUCUAGAAGUCUCUUUUUAAACAUUAUUUUCAAGAAAAUAUUUUUAUAGAUGAAUACUCAGGCUAACCUAGUGGAUAUGAUCUUGGAACUUCCAUGAUUACCCACUUAAAGAUCAAAGUAUUAUAUGCUGUGUGCUAUGUAGUUGUCAGUGCUGUGAAGGCAAAAAUGCUUCCUACACUGAUGUGGAUGCGUGUGCUGCAAAUAGACUAAAGCUAUCCUGCUGUCAUAGUAAACUAGUACUGUCCUCCUGUCGAAGCACGUGAAGUGUGUUUCUGCAUGCCUGCUCACAUCCUUCCGGUAUAAGCCACUCUGUUGGCUUUCUACUGGGGUAGGUAGAGACUCUACAGUUUCUUCUUCCUGUCCAAACCUCUCCUGCCAACAUGGUGCUCCCGUCUGGCUCGGCAUGUGUGGGGCCAGUGGACGGUACUGGUCAGCUGUCAGCUCUCAUUUAACACAAUGUUUAGUAGACCAUUACCAACCUGGGAAUAAGUCGUAUCUCUAAAAAAAGAAAAGAAAGUUCACUUCCUAAUGUCUACUUUUGAUUUCAUUUUUUUAUAGUGGAAAUGAGAAUCUGUACUUCUUUUCACGCUUUUCUUAAAGUGUAAGCUAUAAGCGAUGUGUUCUUCUGUACUAUUGCGUUGCUUACUUUUGUACCAUGAGUAAAAUUUGAGGUCUUUGCAAGAA